AGCCGGCCUCUGAUUCAGUCCCAGCUGGUGAAGCAGACAGUACAGUGCUGCGACAGGCUUAGCUAGUUAGGGAAAAACCAAGAUCUUUUUAUUUCCAGGAUUCUGGUCUAAUGGACAAACUCUUUGUAAAUGCUUUUUAAGAACACUCGCUUGAGGAAAGCGCACACUCGCUGCUCAGUUGGCCCUGGCCUUGAGUCUUAUCUGAAAGGUUUCAACUUCACCGGCGAACCGCCUUGGCUGCUCUGUACGUGAUAAAGCUAGCAUAAUCCCAUCUCUUUCUCAUCCAAUUUUCUUUUGUGACCUUUUGAAAACAAAAACAAACUUUGGAAACCAUGAACUCUUUCACUCCUGCCGACUUUGACUUCACUUUCCUGGAGGAGGGCUUCUGCGCCCGUGACAUUGUGGAGCAGAGGAUCAAUGAGUCGUCCAUGUCGGACGACAAGGAUGCGUUUUAUGUGGCAGACCUGGGGGACGUGCUGAAGAAGCACCUGCGAUGGGUGCGUGCUAUGCCCCGUGUUACACCCUUCUAUGCCGUCAAGUGCAACGAUAGCCGUGCUGUCGUCAUGACGCUGGCCACUCUCGGGGCGGGCUUCGAUUGUGCGAGCAAGACGGAGAUUCAGCUGGUCCAGUCUCUGGGUGUGGCUCCGAGCCGGAUCAUCUACGCGAACCCCUGCAAACAGGUGUCCCAGAUAAAGUAUGCCUCAGCCCACGGGGUGCAGAUGAUGACCUUCGACAGCGAGGUGGAGCUCAUGAAGGUUGCCCGUUCCCACGACAACGCCAAGCUGGUGCUGCGCAUUGCCACCGACGACUCGAAGGCGGUGUGCCGCCUGAGCGUGAAGUUCGGGGCGACCCUGAAGAGCAGCCGGCUGCUGCUCGAAAGGGCGCGGGAGCUGGGCCUAGACAUCAUCGGCGUCAGCUUCCACGUGGGCAGCGGCUGCACCGACCCAGAGACCUACAGCCAGGCCAUCUCGGACGCACGCUGCGUGUUCGACAUGGGGGCGGAGCUUGGCUUCAACAUGACCCUUCUGGACAUUGGAGGGGGCUUUCCUGGCUCUGAUGAUGUCAAGCUGAAGUUUGAGGAGAUCACAGCUGUGAUAAACCCAGCACUGGACAAGUACUUUCCAGCUGACUCUGGGGUCCGAAUCAUUGCCGAGCCUGGCCGGUACUAUGUAGCGUCUGCCUACACGCUGGCCGUCAGCAUCAUUGCUAAGAAGGUUGUCAUGAAGGAGCAGUCAGCCUCUGACGAUGAAGACGAUGGGACUAACGACAGGACCCUGAUGUAUUAUGUGAACGACGGGGUCUACGGCUCCUUCAACUGCAUCCUCUAUGACCACGCCCAUGUCCUGCCCAGUCUGCACAAGAAGCCCAAGCCGGACGAACGCCUGUACCCCUGCAGCAUCUGGGGCCCCACCUGUGACGGUCUGGACCGCAUUGUGGAGCAGUGCGUGCUCCCUGACAUGCAGGUGGGAGACUGGAUGCUGUUUGACAACAUGGGGGCCUACACCGUCGCUGCCUCUUCCACCUUCAACGGCUUCCAGAAACCUGACAUCCACUACGUCAUGUCCCGGGCUGCCUGGCAGCGGAUGCAGCAGAUCUCUGCCCAGGGCUUGCCCGCCCCUGUGGAGGACGUGUGCCCCAGCGGCGUGCCAUCCUGCUGCGGCCGGGAGAGUGGCCUGGAGCUGCCCACCAAGCCCUGCCCCGCCCGCGUGCUGUAACCUGCAGCGCACCGGGUGCAUGGGAACACGGCCUCCUGGUUUCUGCUUGCCAGUUACUUGACUAGGGAGGGUUGAGGCAAGUGUACGCACAUUCUUCCUUUUCUGUAUGAAAGAACUGAGAUUUGCUCCUGGACGGGGGAACAGUGACCGUCUUCAGCUUUCUCAUUGGGUGUAAGCUUCUGUUUAAGGGGGAGUGCUGGCACUGUAGGUGCAGUAUUUCCUGGCCAGUUUCAGAAGAUUGGUCUCCCAAAAGUCCCUGUGGUCUUCGCUGCCCUGACCCCAUGGAACCCGGGGGGGGGGGGGGGGGGGGGUGGCGGCCUAGAAUGCAGGGUAACCCCUUCAGGAAUCGGCUGCUACACACUUAUUUAAAUUUUCCCUCAUCUCAUCUUUCAUACAGAAAAGCUUUUUUUUUUUAAAUUUUUUUAUUUAGGGACAACAUUUGCAAACUUGCCUCUUCCUUUUUUUCCUCCAGUAAUUUUUUUUCUCAUUGUUUUCAAGUCAAUAAGCCAGUUAAUAUUAAAUGGUUAUAAAACAAACGACACAUUUCGAAAAUGGAUACGAAAGAGAUGGGAUUGCACAUUACAUUGCGUUCCUAUGGAAACUUUUUUUUAAUAUUUUGUAUUUUUUUAUAAAUAAAAUGUGUA